AUGAAGACCCCAAUUAUUGCUCUCUUGCAGCUUGGUGCUAUCUAUAGCUCUGUUGCAUUUGCCUAUCCCAGCGCUUGUGAAAUCCCGCGUCUUAUCGAUGCUUCUGCCGAACAGCUUCAGGAUGGGUUGACCAAGGGAUGCUUCACCAGUGUUGACCUUGUCAAUACAUAUGUUGCGAGAAUUGCAGAGGUCAAUUCCACUGUUAGAGCCGUCACAGAGAUCAAUCCAGAUGCAAUGGCCAUGGCCAAGCAGCUGGAUGAGGAAAGAAAGAAAGGCAAACUUCGAGGCCCCCUCCAUGGCUUGCCGAUGAUCAUCAAAAAUAACAUCUUCACCGACGAUAAGAUGAGCUCCACAGCUGGAUCUUAUGCUCUAUUCGGCGCCCGAACACCUAGCGAUGCCACAAUCGUUACAAAGUUGAGAGCGGCAGGCCUGAUCAUCCUGGGUAAGGCAGGUGCCUCGCAGUGGGCCAACUUCCGAUCAAACAACUCUACCAACGGCUGGAGCGCAUACGGUGGCCAAGUAACGGCGGCGUAUAUUAAGAACCAAGACCCAAGCGGAAGUUCCAGUGGAAGCGGUGUCAUUUCCGAUCUUGGGUUGGCUUUUGCAACAAUUGGUACCGAGACAAGUGGUAGCAUCAUCGGUCCUAGUGAGAAGAGCAACAUUAUCGGUAUCAAGCCCACUGUCGGUUUAACUUCACGCCACUUCGUCGUCCCGAUCAGUGAGCGCCAGGAUACCAUUGGUCCAAUGGCCAGAUCAGUCAAGGACGCUGCACACAUACUCCAAAUCAUUGCCGGAAAGGACAAGAACGACAACUACACCUCGUCCAUCCCCUUCAAAACGAUUCCCAACUAUGUCAACGCCUGCAAGCUUGAUGCCCUCAAGGGAAAGCGUAUCGGUGUUCCACGCAACGUCAUCAAGAUCUUUGGCUCAGAGAAGACGGUCGUGGAUCAGUUUAACCGCGCACUGACUGUCAUGAAGCAGGCUGGAGCUAUUAUCGUCGAGAACACAGAUUUCACCGACUAUGCAGAAUUCUUUAACAGCACUGUCCCGUACGACGUGCUCCUUGCCGAUUUCCUUAGCAACAUUCCCACAUUCCUUGGGAAGCUAACGGUCAACCCCCACAAUGUCACUGACCUUGAAUCGGUCCGACGAUUCACUCAGCACUCACCUCUGGAACAGUAUCCCGACCGCGACACCAAGAUAUGGGACGAUGCGAUCGGAAAGGGCUUGAAAAACACGGAUCCUAAAUUCUGGCCACUGUACCAGAAGAAUGUCAAAUUUGGCAAUGAGGGUGGGAUCCUCGGUACUUUGAGACGCCAUAAACUCGACGCUGCCGUGUUACCUUCAGAGGUCUCAUUAUAUGUUCCCGCCCUUAUUGGAUCACCUAUCGUCACCGUUCCACUUGGAGCGUUCCCAAAUGGAACCAAAGUGAACCAUGAUAGGGAACUUGUUACUACCGGACCUGGAAUACCCAUCGGUAUUAGUUUCAUGGGAGACUUGUGGACCGAAGAGCAGUUGGUUGGGAUGGCAUAUGCAUUUGAGCAAAAGACGCAAGCUAGGCCCAAGCUAAAGAGGUUUAUUCAGCCAAAGAAGGAGAUCAAGCAUAUAAUCUAG